AUGAUGUGGCCCUCACCACCCACCUUCUCUCUGUUCCUGCUACUGCUGCUAAGCCAAGCCCCUUCCAGCAGCCCACAGCCAUCAGGCACCAAGAAGCUCAGGCUUGUGGGUCCGGCGGACAGGCCAGAGGAAGGCCGCUUGGAGGUGCUAUACCAGGGCCAGUGGGGCACAGUGUGUGAUGACGACUUUGCUCUCCAGGAGGCUACAGUGGCCUGCCGACAGCUGGGCUUUGAGUCAGCCUUGACCUGGGCACACAGUGCCAAGUAUGGUCAAGGAGAGGGCCCCAUCUGGCUGGACAAUGUUCGUUGUUUGGGCACUGAAAAGACCCUAGAUCAGUGUGGCUCUAACGGCUGGGGUGUCAGUGACUGCAGACACUCAGAAGAUGUUGGGGUGGUAUGCCAUCCACAGCGCCAGCACGGUUAUCACUCUGAGAAGGUCUCCAAUGCCCUCGGGCCCCAGGGACGGCGGCUAGAAGAGGUGCGGCUCAAACCCAUCCUCGCCAGUGCCAAAAGGCACAGCCCAGUGACUGAGGGGGCUGUGGAGGUACGGUAUGAGGGCCACUGGAGGCAGGUGUGUGACCAGGGCUGGACCAUGAACAACAGCAGGGUUGUGUGCGGGAUGCUGGGCUUCCCCAGCCAGGCACCAGUCAACAGCCACUACUACAGAAAAGUCUGGAAUCUGAAGAUGAAGGAUCCCAAGUCUAGGCUCAACAGUCUGACAAAAAAGAAUUCUUUCUGGAUUCACCGGGUUGACUGUUUGGGGACAGAGCCUCACUUGGCCAAGUGCCAGGUACAGGUGGCUCCAGGAAGGGGCAAGCUUCGGCCAGCCUGUCCAGGCGGCAUGCACGCUGUGGUCAGCUGUGUGCCAGGGCCCCACUUUCACCGACAGAAGCCAAAGCCGAAGCGCAAGGAGUCCCGAGCAGAGCAGGAGCUGAAAGUGCGCCUGCGCUCUGGGGCUCAGUUGGGUGAGGGCCGUGUGGAAGUGCUCAUGAACCGCCAGUGGGGCACAGUCUGUGACCACAGGUGGAACCUCAUCUCAGCCAGCGUUGUAUGUCGCCAGCUUGGCUUUGGCUCUGCCCGGGAGGCCCUUUUUGGGGCCCAGCUGGGCCAAGGGCUAGGGCCCAUCCACCUGAGUGAGGUUCGCUGCAGGGGCUAUGAGCGGACCCUUGGUGACUGCCUUGCCCUGGAAGGGUCCCAGAAUGGUUGUCAACAUGCAAACGACGCUGCUGUAAAGUGCAACAUCCCAGAUAUGGGCUUCCAGAACAAGGUGCGCUUGGCUGGUGGGCGCAACCCCGAAGAGGGAGUAGUGGAGGUGCAAGUGGAGGUGAAUGGGGUCCCACGCUGGGGGACUGUAUGCAGUGACCACUGGGGGCUCACUGAAGCCAUGGUGACCUGUCGGCAACUUGGUCUGGGAUUUGCCAACUUUGCUAUCAAGGACACCUGGUACUGGCAAGGGACACCAGAGGCCAAAGAAGUGGUGAUGAGUGGAGUUCGCUGCUCAGGCACAGAGAUGGCCCUUCAGCAGUGUCAGAGGCAUGGGCCUGUGCACUGUUCCCACGGCUCUGGGCGAUUCUCGGCUGGCGUUGCGUGCAUGAACAGUGCUCCAGACCUUGUGAUGAAUGCCCAGCUGGUACAAGAGACGGCCUACUUGGAGGACCGUCCACUCAGCAUGCUGUACUGUGCUCAUGAGGAAAAUUGCCUCUCCAAGUCUGCUGACCACAUGGACUGGCCCUACGGACACCGGCGCUUGCUGCGCUUCUCCUCACAGAUCUACAACCUUGGCCGGGCCGACUUCCGCCCCAAGGCUGGGCGUCACAGCUGGAUUUGGCACCAGUGCCACAGGCACUACCACAGCAUCGAGGUCUUCACCCAUUAUGAUCUGCUCACGCUCAAUGGCUCCAAAGUGGCUGAGGGGCACAAGGCCAGCUUCUGUCUCGAAGAUACAAACUGCCCCUCAGGAAUGCAGCGGCGCUAUGCAUGUGCCAACUUUGGGGAACAGGGAGUGUCUGUAGGCUGCUGGGACACCUACCGGCAUGACAUCGAUUGCCAGUGGGUGGAUAUCACAGAUGUGGGCCCAGGGGACUAUAUCUUCCAGGUGGUUGUGAACCCCACAAACGAUGUGGCAGAGUCAGAUUUCUCCAACAACAUGAUACGAUGCCGCUGCAAGUAUGAUGGGCAGCGAGUCUGGCUACACAACUGCCACACAGGAGAUUCCUACCGACCCAAUGCAGAGCUCUCCCUGGAGCAGGAACAGCGACUCAGGAACAACUUGAUCUGAAGCCACUGUUGUACUCCCAGCUCUGCUUACACAUCAGAUACCUCAGCUUACUGGAGCCACGCCCUUCACAAAGCCCUGACUCACAGAACAAGGGGCGAGUGACAAGGAGCACCUAGAAGCUGCUCAGGAAGCCUUUCAGUGGCCAGAUCAUCAAGAUAGCAGUACUCUCAGGAUGGCUUGAGGCCCCUCCAGAGCACCUACGGCCUAUAACAGGGUCUUGAGGCUCUGGCCAGCUAAACCUUCUCUUCCUCAAGGAGACUCAAUCUUCUCUACAACUUGAUGCACAGUUCCCAGUUUCAGGAGCUCUAAGUUCCUCAGGGAUGAACUGUGACCAAGGCCCCCAAUCUAAGUGGUGCUUUGCAAAUGUCUUGGAGGACAAAGGACCAGAGAACACAAGAAGUGGAUGGAGCCAGUUCUCUCUGCUAUAUGCUCCAUGCAAAAUAACGUGCCGAAGUCACAGCUGGCAGAGAAGCUGGUGAAUGGGCCUCGGUAUAUCCUCUCUUAGAACUCGAAUCUCAGGCUCUGAAGCCUCUCCUUGGCAUCUUUACCUUUAUUCUGUCACACACACACACACACCCACACACACCCACACCCACACCCACACACACACACACACACACACACACACACACACACACACACACACGAGUAUUUCUAAUACCCCUGAAGCCUCAGGCCUCCUCCAUUUCCUGAUGGAUCAACACCCUAAUUACUGGGGCUGGGGGGCAGGUUACACAGAAUGACAAGAUAGGGCCUUUUCUGCAGAGUAGUGAGAAACCACAAGACAGCUGAGGUCACAUAAAUUCAGCCUCCAAGGACCUCGGCCAGUGGAGACAGCAGGAUGCCCAUAUCAGGCAGGCAGCAGUCUAGUCUCUUAGAAAUCACCUACAUUGUAGGGUUAGCCAAAAUUUCAGAUUUAAACAAGGUUACUUCACCUUAAACAAACUUGAGAAGAAAUAGGUCAAUCAAGCCCCUCUGCAGGAACAUGAACACAGGCCUGGUAGAGUCAGGAACAGAAGACUGAGCUAACAAGAAGCAAGAACACUUAAGUUAGUCCAGGACCAAACCUGGGAAAGGCCACCAUCCACAGGUGAGGUGGCUGUGCUCUACUCUUGCUCAGGUGGUGUAAGACCUGGGUUCUUCUUGGGCAUGUCUGGACCUUUUCUCCACUGACAUACACAGAUGAUCCUUCUAGGUCUUACAAUGCCAAUAAAGGCUGCUCACUAUGGGCUGCUGCAAAGACCCGACCAGCUGAGCUUCCGUAGCGUCCAGUGCAUUGCACUCUGCCCUCUUCCCUCCAGAGCUGGGUGAUGCACACAACACAUUCCUUGGGACAGCCCACCCUGUCCCAAGGGUGCAUCUCGAGUCACUCACUAACCUACUUUGAAGUUACACUGCUCAAGGUCAAAACUGAACCUUGGGUCAGGAAGGCUGAGAGGUGAAAGGGAGGAAUGAGAAGGUGCAACCAAAGACUGUAGACUUUAAAUAGAGGCUAAAAGUCAAAAUAAAUGGUAGCAGACAGAACUGAUUUACAGUAUUCUCCCCACAAUACAAGAGAUACUCUGAUAGUCAA